AUGGCUUUAAGGCUUGUAAAUGGAACAGGUCGGUGUGACGGUCGUGUAGAAAUCCUCUAUAAUGGAGCAUGGGGAACUGUGUGUGAUGACGAAUGGGAUAUUAAGGAUGCGCAAGUUGUAUGUCAGCAGAUAGGUUGCGGUAAUGCUCUGGCGUUUAACCAGAGUGCAGCAUUUGGUCAAGGACAAGGACUGAUUAUAUUGGAUGAUGUACAAUGUAAUGGCAAUGAAAGUUUCUUGUGGAACUGUCCGCAUGGAGGGCUUACAUCACAUAACUGUGGACACCAUGAAGAUGCUGGAGUCAUCUGCUCAGCAUUUGGUCAAGGACAAGGACUGAUUAUAUUGGAUGAUGUACAAUGUAAUGGCAAUGAAAGUUUCUUGUGGGACUGUCCACACAGAGGGCUUACAUCACAUAACUGUGGACACGAAGAAGAUGCUGGAGUCAUCUGCUUAGAUCCAACCAUGGAUUUGAGGCUUGUAAAUGGAAGAGGUCGGUGUGACGGUCGUGUAGAAAUCCUCUAUAAUGGAGCAUGGGGAACUGUGUGCGAUGACGAAUGGGAUAUUAAGGAUGCGCAAGUUGUAUGUCAGCAGAUAGGUUGCGGUAAUGCUCUUGCGUUUAACCAGAGUGCAGCGUUUGGUCAAGGACAAGGACUGAUUAUAUUGGAUGAUGUACAAUGUAAUGGCAAUGAAAGUUUCUUGUGGGAUUGUCCGCACAGAGGGCUUACAUCACAUGACUGUGGACACUCUGAAGAUGCUGGAGUCAUCUGCUCAGCUUCACGCAUGGAUUUAAGGCUGGUAAAUGGAAGAGGUCGGUGUGACGGUCGUGUAGAAAUCCUCUAUAAUGGAGCAUGGGGAACUGUGUGUGAUGACCACUGGGAUAUUAAGGAUGCGCAAGUUGUUUGUCAGCAGAUAGGUUGCGGUAAUGCUCUUGCGUUUAAUCAUAAUGCAGCGUUUGGUCAAGGACAAGGACUGAUUAUAUUGGAUGAUGUACAAUGUAAUGGCAAUGAAAGUUUCUUGUGGGACUGUCCACACGGAGGGCUUACAUCACAUAACUGUGGACACCAUGAAGAUGCUGGAGUCAUCUGCUCAGAUAUCGUACCUUCAACCAUGGCUUUGAGGCUUGUAAAUGGAAGAGGUCGGUGUGACGGUCGUGUAGAAAUCCUCUAUAAUGGAGCAUGGGGAACUGUGUGUGAUGACCACUGGGAUAUUAUGGAUGCGCAAGUUGUUUGUCAGCAGAUAGGUUGCGGUAAUGCUCUUGCAUUUAAUCAUAAUGCAGCAUUUGGUCAAGGACAAGGACUGAUUAUAUUGGAUGAUGUAGAAUGUAAUGGCAAUGAAAGUUUCUUGUGGGACUGUCCACACGGAGGGCUUACAUCACAUAACUGUGGACACGAAGAAGAUGCUGGAGUCAUCUGCUCAGACGCUAUCCCGGAGAAAAUGGAGCUGGUAAAUGGAAGAGGUCGGUGUGACGGUCGUGUAGAAAUCCUCCAUAAUGGAGCAUGGGGAACUGUGUGUGAUGACCAAUGGGAUAUUAAUGAUGCACAAGUUGUAUGUCAGCAGAUAGGUUGCGGUAAUGCUCUUGCGUUUAACCAGAGUGCAGCGUUUGGUCAAGGACAAGGACUGAUUAUAUUGGAUGAUGUACAAUGUAAUGGCAACGAACGUUUCUUGUGGGACUGUCCGCACGGAGGGCUUACAUCACAUAACUGUGGACACUCUGAAGAUGCUGGAGUCAUCUGCUCAGCACCUUCUACCACUGAACAUACUACCCCUGCUCCAACCAUGGCUUUGAGGCUGGUAAAUGGAAGAGGUCGGUGUGACGGUCGUGUAGAAAUCCUCCAUAAUGGAGCAUGGGGAACUGUGUGUGAUGACCACUGGGAUAUUAAUGAUGCACAAGUUGUAUGUCAGCAGAUAGGUUGUGGUAAUGCUCUUGCGUUUAACCAGAGUGCAGCGUUUGGUCAAGGACAAGGACUGAUUAUAUUGGAUGAUGUGCAAUGUAAUGGCAAUGAAAGUUUCUUGUGGGACUGUCCGCACGGAGGGCUUACAUCACAUAACUGUGGACACCAUGAAGAUGCUGGAGUCAUCUGCUCAGCACCUUCUACCACUGAACAUACUACCCCUGCUCCAACCAUGGAUUUGAGGCUGGUAAAUGGAAGAGGUCGGUGUGACGGUCGUGUAGAAAUCCUCCAUAAUGGAGCAUGGGGAACUGUGUGUGAUGACCAAUGGGAUAUUAAUGAUGCACAAGUUGUAUGUCAGCAGAUAGGUUGCGGCAAUGCUCUUGCGUUUAACCAGAGUGCAGCGUUUGGUCAAGGACAAGGACUGAUUAUAUUGGAUGAUGUACAAUGUAAUGGCAACGAACUUUUCUUGUGGGACUGUCCGCACGGAGGGCUUACAUCACAUAACUGUCAACACUCUGAAGAUGCUGGAGUCAUCUGCUCAGGUGACCUGUACACUAACCUUCGAUGUGGGGGCAUUUUGAGAAAUUCAAAUGGGAACGUAUCUUUGGAUUCCGAUAUUUCCUCAGAGUCUGACUCCUGUGUUUGGUACAUCAGUGUCACAAAUAAUAAUAGAAUUCAUCUCAACUUCAGAACAUUUACAAUGAAGAAUUCCCGGUCCUGCGAUUCAUCUUCUUUGUCAAUAUAUGAUGGAACUCCUCUUGGGUCAUCUUUAAUUGGAGAUCUGUGCAGAACACGUACAAGAGAGUUUAUCUCCUCAUCAAACAGCAUUAGCAUUGUCUAUUCGCGGGCCAACAGAGGGGCAGGCUUAGAAUUUUAUGCAACAUACUAUUCUACUGUUAACGACAAUCAAAAUGUCAGUCUGUCCUGCUAUUCUGACUACAUGAAAGCUCGAAUCUCACUUAGCUAUCUUCAAACACUGGAAUAUUCUUCAGAUAAUAUAUUUUUGAAUGACCCCCAGUGUCGCCCUCAAGUUGUAUCAGGUUGGGCGGAGUUUCACAUACCUUAUGGGAGAUGUCUGACAGUAAAACAGGUCGAAAAUGACACAAUAACUUACACAAAUACCCUGUUCACCGGUUCAGCCGACACAAUUGUUGUUUACAGAAAAAAACUAGAUCUAACUCUUAAAUGCCGGAUGUACCAAGAUACUGUAGUUGAAGGCAUAUACUCUGCAGAUGACUUCAUUAAGAACACGUUUAUCCAAUACGGCCUCUUUUCUGCUAGCUUGACAUUCUUCCAGUCCUCAAAUUACGUAUAUCCAGUGAAUCAGUAUCCAUACUAUGUGGCUCUUAAUCAGCAUUUGUACCUGCAAGCAGCUUUACUCACAUCUGAACCUGACCUGGCCGUAUUUCUAGAUACUUGUGUGGCAUCCCCUGAUGAAUUUGACUUCACAAGAAAUGUUUAUUAUAUCGUUCGCAACGGGUGUGGCAGAGUUCCUGAUUAUAGAACCUACCCUUCCAUAUCAAAUCACAUAGUCCGCAUUGGAUUCAAUGCCUUUAGCUUUUUAAAGAAACAUUCCAAUGUCUACAUUCAGUGCAAGCUAGUGGUGUGCAAGGAGGGCAGUGCCAACUCUCGCUGCAGCCAAGGAUGUAUAAGAAGAAACAAAAGAGCUGUUAACUCUUACCAUCAUGAAGAGGUUCAUGUUGUGGUCGGACCUGUACAGCUUGAAUCUCCAACCAUGGCUUUGAGGCUGGUAAAUGGAAGAGGUCGGUGUGACGGUCGUGUAGAAAUCCUCUAUAAUGGAGCAUGGGGAACUGUGUGUGAUGACGGAUGGGAUAUUAAGGAUGCUCAAGUUGUAUGUCAGCAGAUAGGUUGCGGUAAUGCUCUUGCGUUUAACCAGAGUGCAGCAUUUGGUCAAGGACAAGGACUGAUUAUAUUGGAUGAUGUACAAUGUAAUGGCAAUGAAAGUUUCUUGUGGAACUGUCCGCACAGAGGGCUUACAUCACAUGACUGUCAACACUCUGAAGAUGCUGGAGUCAUCUGCUCAGCACCUUCUACCACUGAACAUACUACCCCUGCUCCAACCAUGGCUUUGAGGCUUGUAAAUGGAAGAGGUCGGUGUGACGGUCGUGUAGAAAUCCUCUAUAAUGGAGCAUGGGGAACUGUUUGUGAUGACGGAUGGGAUAUUAAGGAUGCGCAAGUUGUAUGUCAGCAGAUAGGUUGCGGUAAUGCUCUUGCGUUUAACCAGAGUGCAGCAUUUGGUCAAGGACAAGGACUGAUUAUAUUGGAUGAUGUACAAUGUAAUGGCAAUGAAAGUUUCUUGUGGAACUGUCCGCAUGGAGGGCUUACAUCACAUAACUGUGUACACGAAGAAGAUGCUGGAGUCAUCUGCUCAGCACCUUCUACCACUGAACAUACUACCCCUGCUCCAACCAUGGCUUUGAGGCUGGUAAAUGGAAGAGGUCGGUGUGACGGUCGUGUAGAAAUCCUCUAUAAUGGAACAUGGGGAACUGUGUGUGAUGACGGAUGGGAUAUUAAGGAUGCGCAAGUUGUUUGUCAGCAGAUAGGUUGCGGUAAUGCUCUUGCGUUUAACCAGAGUGCAGCAUUUGGUCAAGGACAAGGACUGAUUAUAUUGGAUGAUGUACAAUGUAAUGGCAAUGAAAGUUUCUUGUGGAACUGUCCGCACGGAGGGCUUACAUCACAUAACUGUGUACACGAAGAAGAUGCUGGAGUCAUCUGCUCAGCACCUUCUACCACUGAACAUACUACCCCUGAACAUACUACCCCUGCUCCAACCAUGGCUUUGAGGCUGGUAAAUGGAAGAGGUCGGUGUGACGGUCGUGUAGAAAUCCUCUAUAAUGGAGCAUGGGGAACUGUGUGUGAUGACGGAUGGGAUAUUAAUGAUGCUCAAGUUGUUUGUCAGCAGAUAGGUUGCGGUAAUGCUCUUGCGUUUAACCAGAGUGCAGCGUUUGGUCAAGGACAAGGACUGAUUAUAUUGGAUGAUGUACAAUGUAAUGGCAAUGAAAGUUUCUUGUGGAACUGUCCGCACGGAGGGCUUACAUCACAUAACUGUGUACACGAAGAAGAUGCUGGAGUCAUCUGCUCAGGUGACCUGUACACUAACCUUCGAUGUGGGGGCAUUUUGAGAAAUUCAAAUGGGAACGUAUCUUUGGAUUCCGAUAUUUCCUCAGAGUCUGACUCCUGUGUUUGGUACAUCAGUGUCACAAAUAAUAAUAGAAUUCAUCUCAACUUCAGAACAUUUACAAUGAAGAAUUCCCAGUCCUGCGAUUCAUCUUCUUUGUCAAUAUAUGAUGGAACUCCUCUUGGGUCAUCUUUAAUUGGAGAUCUGUGCAGAACACGUACAAGAGCAUUCAUCUCCUCAUCGAACAGCAUCAGCAUUGUCUAUUCGCGGGCCAACAGAGGGGCAGGCUUAGAAUUUUAUGCAACAUAUUAUUCUACUGUUAACGACAACCAAAAUGUCAGUCUGUCCUGCUAUUCUGACUACAUGAAAGCUCGAAUCUCACUUAGCUAUCUUCAAACGCUGGAAUAUUCUUCAGAUAAUAUAUUUUUGAAUGACCCGCAGUGUCGCCCUCAAGUUGUAUCAGGUUGGGCGGAGUUUCUCAUACCUUAUGGGAGAUGUCUAACAGUAAAACAGGUCGAAAAUGACACAAUAACUUACACAAAUACCCUGUUCACCGGUUCAGCCGACACAAUUGUUGUUUACAGAAAAAAACUAGAUCUAACUCUUAAAUGCCGGAUGUACCAAGAUACUGUAGUUGAAGGCAUAUACUCUGCAGAUGACUUCAUUAAGAACACGUUUAUCCAAUACGGCCUCUUUUCUGCUAGCUUGACAUUCUUCCAGUCCUCGAAUUACGUAUAUCCAGUGAAUCAGUAUCCGUACUAUGUGGCUCUUAAUCAGCAUUUAUACCUGCAAGCAGCUUUACUCACAUCUGAACCUGACCUGGCUGUAUUUCUAGAUACUUGUGUGGCAUCCCCUGAUGAAUUUGACUUCACAAGAAAUGUUUAUUAUAUCGUUCGCAACGGGUGUGGCAGAGUUCCUGACUAUAGAACCUACCCUUCCAUAUCAAAUCACAUAGUCCGCAUUGGAUUCAAUGCCUUCAGCUUUUUAAAGAAACAUUCCAAUGUCUACAUUCAGUGCAAGCUAGUGGUGUGCAAGGAGGGCAGUGCCAACUCUCGUUGCAGCCAAGGAUGUAUAAGAAGAAACAAAAGAGCUGUUAACUCUUACCAUCAUGAAGAGGUUCAUGUUGUGGUCGGACCUGUACAGCUUGAAUAAAAACAUCAAAUCUAAUGGAGUGCAGCAAAUUCAAUUGAUGUAACUUUUCAAAAUCUAAUGCCUCAUCCUUAAUUGGAUACAUCUUUAAAGGGAACCUGUCACCAGUUUUAUGGUGUCCUAACUAAGGGCAACAUAAAUAAGUGACUGAUUCGCUUAUCAAAAUGCUGGGUCC